GUUUAAAAAAACGUCGAAUCUUCGGCCGCGCCUCGACGACUCGACGACUCGCCAUGGUGCAUCAUGUGGUGGCCGCCAUCGCCACGGGCAUUGGCCUGCUGACGGACAAGUACAUGCUGGGCGCCACGAACUUUGUGGAACACUAUGCCCAUGACUUCCACGCCACGGACGCUCAGAAGGAUUUCGUGAAAGCGGCCAUGUAUGGCGGAGCGAUUUUGGGCAUGAUCGUCAUGGGCCCUUUGUCUGACAUCAUCGGAAGACGUGCUGGAUUGAUUCUGUGUUCCCUCAUCACGCUUUGCGGUGCUCUUCUGAGUAUGUUUGCGUGGUGCGAGAAUGCCUUGAUCGUUGCCCGCAUCAUCACCGGUAUCGGCAUGGGCGGUGAGUACCCUUUAGCCUCCUCCCACAGCGCCGAAAGUUCCGAGAGCACCAACGAUGGCGCGAAAAACGUGGCGCUGCUGUACCUUUUCGGCUCCGGUGGUGGGCAGGCCUUGUGCCCCUUGGUGACCUACAUCAUGGACGUCGCGGGUGUGCCCGAUGAGAUGCUCUGGCGUGGCAUCUUCGCCGUAGGCUCCGUGCUGUCGCUGCUGGGUUUGGGGCUUCGCAUUGUGGCGACCAAGGAUAGUCAAAAGUUCAAGGCGAGUCGUGAAGAUUCGAAGGCGAGCAAAGAGUCCACGCGAAGCUUGCUGCGACCCUACUGGAGGCCUUUGUUCGGCACUGCUGGGGCCUGGUUCCUCUACGACGUCGUGGAGUACGGCCUGAAGCAAAAUGAUGCAGCCAUUUUCGAUGCCAAUCAUGAUGGGGACUAUAGCCAGAGCGUGUUAGCAGUCUUUUGCACUCGGAUGCUGGUGAUUCCCUCGUUGAUCGUGGCACCGUGGUUGCUGACGAAGAUCUCCAGCCGGAAGGUGCAGGUCGUGGGCUUUCUGGGCUGUGCCUUGUGCAACCUCGGCUUGGCCUUGGGCUAUGGACCCCUGAAGGAGAUUUCCAUCUUGUUCAUUGGGCUCUACAUUGUGCAGCUGUCAUUCCAGAGUUUGCCAGGUGUCACCACCAUGGCCAUCAGCGCUGAGAUCUUCCCCAGCAUGGUACGAGGCACGGGCGCCGGCAUCAGCGCGGCCUUUGGCAAACUGGGCGCGACCAUCGGAUCCUAUGCAUUUUCGGAGCUGAAGAACUUGGGUGUCUGGGCUGUUUGGGUAUAG